AUGAGCUUCUACGUUGUCCCGUCAAUGUCUUUUCAGACACAACAAAAGUUGAAAAAGGAAAAAGAACACAAGGAGAAAGAAAAGAGAAGAAAAAAGAAGAGAUCUUCCAAUUCUGUAACUCAUGAUGAAGCCAACUCCGGAAAUUCUUCCUCAUCUGCAACUUCUACAAAUUCGGGUCACCGUCAAAGUAUGAGUAGCUCAAGCUCAGGAAACCGUAAGAGUAAUGCUAGUGGCGAAGGAAGUGUUCAUCGCCCAAGCCAGAGUGAUAGUGUAGCAAGUAAAGGACUGGCUGUAAAUGCCGAGGAAUUGAAACGACUGCUACUGAGUCUUAAACAUACAGAAGAAAAUUCUUCAGUGUCUUCCCCCACUGGGAGCUCCACUCCUCCUGUUAACGAAUCUUCACCCAUUAUACAGUCAAGGCAAGGAUCCAUAGUUUCGUCAUUAUCGUCAAAUUCUUCAAAGAUCAACCCAAAUUCGAAUUCGCUCCAACAAGGUUCAUCUCAAAGGCAGCACGGUGGCGGGUCCUUAUCAUCAAUGCAUUCAAAAAUUUCAAAUAUGAGACAGCAUUCAGUGAGUGAAAUGUCAACUUUGUCUGGUACAAGGUUUUCGAGAAAAAUGUCAUCCUCAUUCUUAGGUCCACAGCAAGAACCUGGCAACCAAUCGCUACAUUCGACAAGAUCUUCGGUGACCUCCACAGCUUCACCGCCUGUUGUCGAAUCACCAAAGUCCGCCCAACAAUCAAUUUUCAAGUCGUCUUUCACUGAGCCCACCCCCUCUAAUACUGUUAUACCUGAUCAACAUGCAAGCUCAGGAAGUAAAAUUGUUCUUGAGACAAAAUUAAGACCAUUUAUUCCAAUCAUUGAUUUAGAAGUAGUCAAUACACCUAAAUCAUUACUAUCAAAAAUGCUGAAUCCAUAUUUUCAAGCAGUGAGAUAUCGUGAGUUUUUGAGUACUUUUCGUGGAACUCACGUUACCGAUCCAAAUAUAUUUAGUAACGUAAGAUAUAACUCUGUUGUGAGAUUCAUAAAAAGAAUUCACCCCAUAGAUUCUGCGGCUGAACCUGGCUCACAGGCUGCUUUGCAAGAUAAUAUCAGUAGAAAUGAAUCAUUGUUGAGCAAUGAAGCUUUUCAAUUAAGAAUAUAUCUUCGUAAAAUGAUAAGAAAGUAUCUGGCAACAGUUCCUCCUCAUAAUAUUAUCAUUUCACACGAAGAGCUAGUACAAGUCAAUUUCACAAAUUUUUUAAGAUAUGUACUUGCGUUGCCAGAUAUCUCUGCUGUCCCGUCAGACCAAUUGACAGAAGAAAUCAGAGGGCACUAUUAUUUUAAGGAAAGAUUUCUGAAGAUUCAAGAGGAUUUAUACAGGCUUAAAAAAGAAGAAUUGGGGGAGGAAGGUUCAUCAUUAAUGAUAAACAGCACAGAAAAUUUUCUUCAGUUCAUUCGGAGACUUUCUUUUGAAUAUUUUCAUUUAGAGAAGUAUUUUAUUCAAAUUCUAUGUCAAAUAGAUGGGAACCACAUAAUAGAACCAAGAACCCUAGAAAAAUUAUUCAACAAACAUUGCAAAGCGUUAAGGCUGACUAAGAUACGCUUGGAGGAUCCGAUUUUGACUCCUGAGAGGAAGUUUAGCCUGGUAAAGGUACUACAUUACAAUACCUAUUAUAGUUCUAUAUUAUCUUGGCACAUGGCUGUUCUGACUCCAUUUGCUAAUGUGUAUGAAAUGAAUUGCUACUCAGAAGAUCCUACAUUAAUUUGUGACAUUGACAAGUAUUAUGGACAUCAUGAAAAGUUCCAUAAACAUUAUCAUUCUUCAUUCCAUGACCUGGAAGAAAAACCUUACGAACAGUAUUUCAAAAAAAUCGAUUUUCAAAAUGACUUUUCAAAGUUUAGGUCUUUCACACCUGAAAAAUUAGUAGCACUUCAAGAAAAAGUGGUUGGACAAGUUCGAGUGGAUGGAUUGGAAAUUGAUGACAAUUUUAAUCAUAAGCCAAAAAAUUUUCAAUUCUAUUCAAAGUCUCUAUCUACUAUCCCAGACGAAACAUUUGAUUUGAUACAAUGUAGGGACACAUUAUUGCAAUUUACAGAAAAGAACUAUAAGGUAAUUCUAAGAGAGUUCUUUAGAAUUCUUGUAAAAGGUGGGCGUUUAGAAUUCCCGUUAGUUCAGCUAGGAGCAGACACCUUAGACCGGUUUAUUAAUACAGAUGGGAACCGUAAUCUAAAGAAUGUGCACCUUCAACCAUUAGAGAAUGAGACUCUUUUUGACGUUAUGCCAAAUCUCACUGCGGAGACAUUACGUGAACUAAAUAAUAUUUUUGGAGAAGGAAACGUUAGGUACGGGUUUAUGCUAUUGAAUACUGGUAGUGACGUGAUUAUGUAUAUGUUGAGAUUCACCCAAUUGAAAUUAUUCGAAAUGCAUGGUCGCCUAGAUGAGUUCAAGGUUGAAACUCAAGCAGAUGGAAGUGAGAGGGAGGAUGGUGGUUUACACUACUAUUUACUUUUGGUCGCUGAAAAGAAGUAA